GAUUUUUCCAUCUGAUAAUGAAAACGUUUCCCUUACGUGCAUAAUGCAGGCUAUACAGACAAUUGAAACGCAUGUCCCUGCUUUAACGGAAAGCUUUUUCAGAACCCCUUUCAAAGAGAGCAGAAAGAGUAGCUCUGCUAGUUUGGGGAAGCAGCAGCAGCAACAACAAAAGCAGCAUCAGCAACCACGAGAAGGAGCUGUCUGCAGACAUGAGUGCUGCACUGAGCAUGUCCCUGAGGAGCAGACUGCAAGCAGCUCAUUAUGCAGAACGCCAGCUUCAGCAGAUGGGGGAGAGCAAGAACACGCAUUUGCUUCCCUUGCAUCAACAUCAUCACUGCUCUCGUCACCGGAAAGCAAGCCUGGGUUACUAAACAGAAUCUCGUCAAGAGGCAGAGCAAAUAGCAUCUAUCAACAUGGCUUGAUUUGUAAAGGAGUCCGCUUGCUGAAAAACAUGGGUAACCAGGAUGGAAAGCUAAAGAAGGCAGGAGGGGAUAAUGAUGAGGAUGCUGGGGGGCCCUGGGAGGUUGAAGGCACAAAGAAAGGAGUGCAGGGAAAGAAGGCACAUGGUAAACGGGCAAAGAAAUCAAAAUCUGAAUCCAAAGCAUCUGUGUUUUCUACCAUUCGGAUGCGAAAGAACCUAUCCAAGGCAAAAGGGCUCACAGAGGGAUCAAAGGAGGAUGUGUUAGAAAACCAGGACUCGCAAGCAGAUGAGCUGGACAGUGCCCAUUCUAUCAGAACCAAAACCCCCGAUAUCAGCCUUUCUGCUGAGGAACUGGGCCUCUCAGACACAGAAGCUGAGCAUUUUCACCUGACAACUGAAAGCCGACAGGCAACUGUGGUAACGCAAGAGGGACAAAGGGCCAGCUCUGGCUCAGAUACUGAUAUCUAUAGUUUCCACUCGGCUGCCGAACAAGAGGAUUUGCUUUCUGAUAUCCAGCAGGCUAUUAAGCUUCAGCAGGGGGUUAUUAUUUCAACAGCUGAACAGCCAAACUGGAAAGCGGAGUAUAAAUGUGAGAGUGAUGUUAAAACGACCCCCCUAGAUUCUGGGCACUUUGUACUUCUGGAGGCGGUCCCUGACAGAGAAGAUGGCCUGGAUACUGAGCAGCACUUGUCAGUUGCAAGCAGUGAAAAACAAGACAUUUCUGUUUACGACACUUCAAAUGAUUUAAAGGAGGCAUCAAUAGAAGCGGACAACCCGCCCUGUACUUUGUCUGGGACAAAGGAACCUAAGCUAUUGACUGAGAAUGCACAGCCUUUUGCAGCUGGAAUUGAUGAGAGAGGUGGAAGCCCUGUUGCCAGGGAAACAGCUACCAACAGCUACCAAGACUUGACAGUACCUUUCGGAAGUGUGGACAGGGCUGAUGAGAAAAAUGAGGCUUCGGCACUGCCGUCUCACAUGACUGAAAGACAGACUGACUUUGAAAAUAACCAAGAAACUCCAAGUUCCCCAGAAGUGACUGCUAAUGAGAGAGACAGUUGUGAUGAAUCAAUGGGAUGGGCCAGUGAUUUAAAAGUGAGUGCAGAAUAUGAUCCUCCUACAGUAAAUAGAAAGGGCAGUCUGCCCUUUUCUCCAUGGCCGACUGAAAGUCCUUUAGCAGCUCACCUUUUUAGACCAUGUUUGACUUCUGUGUCCUCCCCUAUUGUCAAACCAUACCCUACUAUUCAUCCCAGUUACAUUAAAACAACAACAAGGCAGCUGAGUUCUCCAAACCACUCUCCUUCAGCAUCACCUUCCCAGAGUCCCCUGUUCCACAGGCGACAAAAUGACCUCGGCCACAGGACCGAGAAGCGAAAAGUCAAACAACAAAGGUCCUGCAGCGCAGCAGGUCUCCUAAGCCGGUCUGCUGACUGGACAGACGAGCUGGCCAACCUCCAGCCUAAAAAAGCAGGAUCUGCAGAUUAUUUGGAAUAUGGUGGAUCAGAGGAUGGGCUGAGGAGAGGCAGCCUGCCAGUAUGUACGUCACGGAAAUCCUCAGGUGUGCAGGCCUCCACGUGCAACUUUAACGACGUCUUCUUUGGACGGACGCUGUUGGAAAAGUUCUUCAGACAGGAGGAAGAUGCCCCACAGGAAGAGGCACAGAAGCUCUGCUCCAGGAUUUUAGCCAUGGGUCUCUUACUACCUUUCAGUGAUUGUUUCAGGGAACAGUACGCAGGGAGCACGGGACAAAUUACACCCAAGUUUGAUCAAGACCAGUUGUACACCUGGGCUAAUGUCAGCCAACCCACACACUCAUGUGACCACGUUGAGGGCCGUAUCCCCGGAAGGAUUCAGACUUUGUGGCCACCACCCAAAUCAGAAAAUGAUGAGAAACCAGGUCUGAAGUAUACAGAAGCGGAAGAUGAAGAGCAUCAAGCAGCUUUCCUGACUUUGAAGAGGCAACAGAAAGAGGAAGUGCUAGGACUGCGGGACGAAUUAGAAUUGAAAUCUGUUCAACUUAAAGAGGAGCAUGUUAACGUCAUUCAACAGCUGGAGCAGACCAUAGAGGAUUUAAGGACCAAAAUUGCAGAACUAGAAAAACAAUACACACCACCAGAGAAGGACGUAUGCAAUAAAGACCAGGAGUGUGGGAGUGGAGAUAGAGCCUUUAAAGACUUCUGUGAUGUCGACCUUCAGACUGAGGAACAGACAUUUAUUUGCAGCUUGGAAGCAAAAUCGGUACAGACUUCGCCUGUGGAAGAAUGUUCUAAUUUCAAAGUGCCUUUAUCAGAUAAAAUGCCAUCCUCCUCUUCUACUACUGCGCUUCCCCAAGAUUCAAAAGCAGUGCCAUCUCCAGCAACAUCAAUACCCGAGGCACCGACAUAUCACUCUGAAAUCUCUGUGGUGUUGUCUCCCAGGCUAACGCCAGAUUUUAUUUGUACCUGCCAGCAGCAGCAACAGUCUUCGCUGUCUUCUGGACAAAGUGGGAUUCAGCCACCCCCACCUCCUCCGCCACCACUACCUGGCUACUCAGUGCCGCCGCCUCCUCCUCCUCCUCCUCCAUUACCAGGCUUUCUAGCACCGCCACCUCCGCCGCCAUUGCCUGGCUGUGCUGUACCCCCUCCGCCACCCCCACCACCGCUCUCAGGAUGUCCCAUACCACCUCCCCCUCCACCAUUGCCUGGCUGUGCUGUACCCCCUCCGCCACCCCCACCACCGCUCUCGGGAUGUCCCAUACCACCUCCCCCUCCACCAUUGCCUGGCUGUCCUUCCCUUCCCCCUCAUUUUCCUGGUGGUCUAGUACCUCCCCCUCCACCCCCCUUGCCAGGUCAGAGUGCUUUCCCACCUCCCCCUCUGCCCGGAUCUGGUCCACGACCACGGCCACCACCCCAUUCCCCUGGAUUGGCCCCACCACCCCCUCCUCCUCCGUUCCCUAGCAUUGGGGGACUUCCGCCCCCUCCUCCUCCCCUAAUGGGUUCUGGCCCCCCUCCACCUCCGCCUCCUGGCUUUGGCUUUGGGUCUCUUCCCCCACCGAUGCCAGCAGGUUUAUUUGCACUGGCAAUGGGUCACGACAAGGGGGCAAGGAAACAGAUAGUGGAACCACCACGCCCAAUGAAACCACUGUACUGGACUAGGAUUCAACUGCAUGGGAAAAAGGAAUCCAGUGGGGCUUUGGUGUGGGAGAAGAUUGAAGAACCGUCUGUGGACUUUAAUGAGUUUCUAGAUUUGUUCUCUAAAAUGGCUGUCAAAGAGAAGAAGAAGCCCCUGUCUGAUACUUAUUCAAAGACAAAAACCAAACAGGUUGUCAAGUUGCUAAACAACAAAAGGUCACAGGCUGUGGGGAUCCUGAUGUCGAGCCUUCACUUGGAUAUGAAGGAUAUCCCACAUGCUGUUUUGAAGUUCGACAACACUAUGGUUGAUCUGGAGACCCUUCAAGCGCUGUAUGAGAAUAGAGCACAACAAGAAGAAAUGGAUAAAAUAGAAAAGCACAUCAAGUCAUCCAAAGAAAAGGAAAGUGCAAAGCCAUUGGAUAAACCGGAACAAUUUCUCUUUGAACUGUCGCAAAUCCCCAAUUUCUCAGCGAGGGUGUUUUGUAUCCUGUUUCAGUCUACAUUCACAGAAAGCAUUGCCACAAUUCUACGUAAGCUUGCAAUACUUCAGAAAGUCUGCUCGACUUUAGAAGGCUCCAAGAAGGUGAUGCAGGUUCUAGGUUUGGUGCUCGCCUUUGGUAAUUUCAUGAACGGUGGGAACAGGACACGAGGCCAGGCGGAUGGCUUUGCUUUGGAUAUCCUUCCAAAGCUGAAAGAUGUUAAAAGCAGUGAUAACAGCAGAAGUCUUUUGUCCUACAUCGUUGCCUACUAUCUAAGGCAUUUUGAUGAGGAUGCUGGCAAAGAGAACAGUGUCUUCCCUCUCCCAGAACCACAUGACCUCUUCCAGGCUUCUCAGAUGAAGUUUGAAGAUUUUCAAAAGGAUUUGCGCAAGCUAAGAAAAGACCUCAGUGCAUGCACAAUUGAAACUGAAAAAGUCUGCCGCCUUUCUUCAGAAGAUCACCUGCAGCCUUUCAAAGACAAAAUGGAAGAAUUUCUCAGUCAAGCAAAAAUUGAUCUAGAGACUCAGGAGAAACAACUGACCGAAACCCACAAAAGCUUCUUGGAAAUAACUGUUUACUACUUAAUGAAGCCCAAAAUGGGGGAAAAGGAAGUGUCUACCAAUACGUUCUUCACUGUGUGGCAUGAAUUCUGCACUGAUUUUAAAGACUCAUGGAAGAAAGAAAAUAAACUCAUCCUUCAAGAAAGGCUGAAGGAAGCAGAGGAGUGCUUCAGGCAGGCAAAAGAAAAAGCUUCCUAUAAUGUUAGACCGAAGCAUGACUCUGGAAUAAAAGCAAAACUGAGCAUGAAAAUCUGAUUUCCUGUCUGCAGAGCAUAAGAGAACAAAAGCUUAUGACAACCUUCCAGAGGAGCAUUUCAACUCAUAAACCAACAUUGUUUCAGAAACUGUCACUUGGCUUCCUUUUAAUUCAUCACCAUAAGAAGUAUUCUCUUACUGUACAUUUUCUGGACAAGUUAGCCUUAUCACCCAAAUCUUUUGUUUCACCAGUCAAAGGCACAGGUACGCGUGUGGUGAUUGUAAUACUUCUGUUGUGCCCUUGGCAUUGGUAAGAAAGAGACGAUUUGUGGCCUUAAAUCGUAGAAAGAACAUAAUUUGUACAUAAGUGACCAAGGGUUAAAUGAGUUCACAAUCUGACCUACGAAGCUGUUCGAUAUAGUUGCCCUCCCGAUGCAGUUAUUGCCUGCUUUUCUCUUCCAGCAUGAAUAUGUUGAGUGAUGUGCUUGGUCUUUAGACCAAGAGGAACUGCUUUCAGCCUUGGAGACACUUGCAGUUUUAAGCAGCAUCAGUGGAUCUGGUUGUAGCCAGUGUGAAAAUCCAAGCCGUAUGUUGAGUAAUAUAUCUGUGUAAAACAUGUAUAUAAGUCAGAGCUCAUUACAUAUCACAACACGGAGACCUUGUCUUAAUGAAGGAUAGUGUUCUGUUUAAAAUGUUGAUCUUGUUGUAGACUAUUGCAGUAACGCUUAGUUAUGAUUAUGAUGUCAGUAGAGUGUUUUUUUUUUGCCAGGUGGGCAAUUUAAUAUUUGUAUUUUGCUUCUAACAAAAUGGGCUUUUCAUAAUGAAAUGUGGUGGGUUUUUUUAAGUUUUAGUGCCAAUUCCUAAAGUGUUUCCCAAAUUAAAUGUAUUAUGAUGAACUGUUGGCCACAGCCUUUUACAGAAAAAGGUAUUUGCAUUUCCUCUUGCCCAAUUAAGCCUAAGCAUUACACCUUAUGAGGUAGGUACAAUCUCAGGACUUUUCCCAGUUUUCAAAAAUAUACACAUUAUGUUAACAUGAGGUCAAAUUUAUAAAUAUAUAUUUUUUAGCAAAAAUAUCAAUUAAAUUGGAAUAUUUAUUUUCAUAACUGAUUGUGGUAAAUGAAGUGGGGGGUCUUAGUUUGAGCUCAGUUCAGUUGCAGUGAAAUCCCAAGUAAUACUUUGUUUCUUUGCUGAAUGACAUCCAAUCGUUGAAGCUACUGUAACAAUGACAUUUUAUACCACAGUUUUACUGAUCAAAUUGCAUGUUAUCACUUCUUUACCUUGUUGUAUUAUGUAGGUCACAGUUUGAUUGUGGGAUUAGUUUGCUGGGCGUAUCAAAGCACACGAAACAAAGAUAAAGAGGUAUAUUGAAUUGAAACAGCGGCCGAAGUAAAUACUGUUUAAAUAAUUAAAAAGGACCCAAGGUUAUAAAAAAAUCAGUCAUCCAAAAGUACGUAUUUGAUAAUUUGUCUAAAAAUUGGGAAGGUUUUAAAAAAAAUGUCAGUAUUUAAAUCCAGUACUGUUUGGUUUUAUAGAAUACACCUCUUGAAGUUAUGUACCAUUCACAUUUCACCAGUCACUACUGCAUCUUUAUAUAACUUGCUGAAAUCAUGUUUCUUCUAGAGUGGGAUAUGGGGGGGUUCAAUAAGGGUGAUCAUGGUAAAAAAAAAAAAAAAAGUGUCUUAAUGACAACAAUUAUGUUUUUAAAGUGCUAUAAAAUAUUCCAAUGUAAAUGACUUGCCAUAAUGGUUUUUGAGACUAUGAAUUCCUACGUUAAUGCAAAUACCCUAUUUGUGAGGCUGUCCAAGCCUGAUGGCAUGUUUUAAUAAAUAAAUAAAAACACAAUAUAUUGAUGCCAGUGGUUGCUAUAGUAUUGGGUUUGGACAAUAUGAAAUAUGCUAUACAUAUAAAAUAAUUAUAAAUAAGGAUUUUCCAACAGUUUGUCCAUGAUGAUCCUCCCAUUUAUUUUUGAUUAUUUAUUUGUUUAUGUAUUUCUAACAAUAGAUUUAAUAGGUACCAUUAGGCCUGUUUGCCUGUGCUAAAUAAACAUCUGGAAGAACAUAUAUACAGUAAAUUACAUUAUGGUCUUGUGUUACUUUGGGUUACUAAAACUAUAUUUUAAAUGCUAUAUAUUCUAUGAUUUUAUUGAUGUAAAGUAGUAUUAAUUGUGUUUUUGUUUUUCUUUUAGUAUGUAUUAAGCAUGUGGCUUUGUGUUUCAUAGCUCACCUGUGCUGUGUGUGGAUCACCCUGAUUGCUUGUAUAUGACUUAUCACCAUGUGCAAUAUAAUACAAUGGGUUUCUAUUUGGACUUUUUUUUCAAAACUAAAUUGGUUUAUAUGAAAAUAAAACGAGAAAAUAAAGCAUCAGUGUCUUAUUGCAAUUUGUUUUAUGAAACCUAGUCAUUCUUUCCCCCAUUUGAUGUCUGUAGUGCAUCGUUGCUGCACAC